AUGAAGAAACUCUAUUAUCAUAAAAAUCCGUCUCCAAAAUUUUCCACCAAACCAAAGCACCCAUACUGGACAAACUUAUCUGCGGUUGCAAAUUGGCUACCAGGUAAUGAUGAUUUUAAUGUGGCCAAAGUAAAUUUACGUGAAAGGCCCGCGUUUAAGAAUUCAACUAAAGCGAAUGAAAAGGAUAAAAGAGAAUGUCAAGUAUUGGUGUGUCAUGAUAUGGCAGGUGGAUAUACUGAAGAUUAUUUCAAGAUUGGAUAUAGUGUUCAGAUAGCUGUUCCACCUCCCCAAUGGACAAAUGUUGCGCAUCGGAAUGGAGUAAAAGUGUUGGGAACUUUUAUUACAGAAUGGGCAAGAGAUUUGUUAGAAAAUGAAUUAUGGGUUCGAGGACCACACACUGAAGCCCCAUUAGAUGAUUUAGAGAAUGUGAAUAGGAAGGUGGUUAGUACUGUAUUUGCUGAUAAGAUGGUACAAAUGGCUAUUUACUAUAAUUUUGAUGGAUGGUUCAUUAAUAUUGAGUCGCCAUUAUUAGGUGGAUCUUUACAUGCUCAACAAGUUAUAACAUUUAUGAAUUACUUCACGCAACAAAUGCAUAAAAAAAAACCGGGAUCUUUGGUUCUUUGGUACGAUUCAAUUACCAAGGAAGGUACUCUCUCAUGGCAAGAUCAGUUAAACGAUCUUAAUUAUCCGUAUUUUGAUGCAACUGAUGGUAUUUUCGUAAAUUAUACUUGGAAGGAAGAAUAUCCAUAUUUAUCAUCACAGAAAGCGGGUAAUAGGCGACGUAAUGUAUAUACCGGAAUUGAUGUUUGGGGGAGAAAUACUUACGGCGGUGGAGGGUUUACGACUUAUAAGGCAUUGGAAGUUAUUCAAAAAGCUAAAACAUCAUGUGCGUUAUUUGCUCCGGCUUGGACAUAUGAACAUUUUGGCAAAGAAAGUUUUUGGGAGAUUGAUCGAAAAUUUUGGAUCGGAAAUGCAGAUAAAGAUGACGACGAAGAUAAAGGUUUAGCUAUAGCUCAUUAUAUUACACCAAGAUACGCACCUGGAAUCAAUCAAUUUUACACAAAUUUUGAUCGAGGUUGUGGAAACAAAUUCUUUAUUAAAGGAAGAAAUGUUUUAGAGCAAGAAUGGUCGCACCUUAGUCAUCAAUCAAUUCAACCUUAUCACACAAAACGUGCAAUUAAAGUCUUAUCCGAUAUCGACUUUUCUAUAAAUUAUAUCACAAAUAAUGAAGUCUCUUGGGAAUUCACUUUUGAUCAAGCAUAUAUUGGUGGUACUUCUGUAUUAGUAAAAUCAAAAUCAAAAAGUUCCGAUCAACCAAUAAUUUCUAUUAUUCCAUUAUUUGAUUUAAAUAUUACAAUUUUACCUAAUGGAUACAUGAGAGCAAGAGUAACAUAUUUACCUAAAAAACGUGAUUUAAUAGUUGGAUUAUAUAUCAAGGUUGGUAUUGAAGAAACAAAGCAAAAAAAAGGAAAACGUUUAAAAUACCAAAAAUUCGAAACAACAAUUGUAUCUGAACAUGAAAAUUGGAUAACCAUAGAAGUUGUAAUACUGCCCAACACAUUUACUUUUCCUUCGUCAUCAUCACCAUCGCCUUCGAUACAAGAAUUCGGAGUGUCAAUAACUCAGCCACCAAAUUUAGGAAAUUUAGAAGGAAAUUCACAUUCAACUUCUACUAAUGACCUUGUAUACAUUGGUCAAUUAUCUAUAAGUUCAGAAAAUCCUUCAUUAUUACGAAUGAUAGAACCUGAAAUCCAAAAUUUAUAUUGGGAUGAAAGUACAUUAUGUAUUGAACAUAUAGAAAAUCAAGAAAUAUUACGAAUAUCAGGAAUAAUCGAAUGGGAAAUGGGAGUUCAAGUGGUAGAUUAUAAUGACAGCAAUUUACUACAUACCAAAAUCGAUCUUCAAGAUUCAUCAUCUUCUUCUUCUUCAGAUUUAGUAGACAUUGUUAACUCAUUUAGAUAUUUUUAUGUAUAUUCAGGAAUAAAAUCAGUUGCAAAGAAAAUAACUAGACCCGAAGAAUUAGAAUUUUUAGGCAUAGCAGAUGUGAAUAAAUUUAUAAUUUCUGGAAUAGAAGUUCCAGUAUCGAAAAUUUCAAAAGAUACAGUAUUAUCAAUUUGGGUUCAAGGAGUAAAAGAAAAUAAUGGGGAAAUGAUAGAAUUUGAACGAUGGAAAGUGCGUACUAUUCCAUUAUCUUCUUUUAUUGGAUAA